GGGCAAUCGGGGGCUGGGGUCUGGGUGCACUGCCAGCCCCAUUCUUCCCAGGCCCCACCAUUGGAUUGCAGGAGCUGCCCUGGCCUGGCUCACCUAAUAUGGAGGGGGGGGCUGAGAAUGCCCCUUGUGAACACUUUGAGGCCAAUGUGCUUGCCCAGAGCUGCUGUCAAAACUGCUUCCACCCUGAGGAGGCCCACCAAGCAAGGCACCAGGAAAACAACCCUGAGAGAUUCCUUUCUACCUGUCUUGAUACCUGUGGUAACAGCUCGCCUACCCCCAGGUUCAGGGAACAGAUGCCUGAGAGUUCGGAGCCCCGGAGCCCUCCAAGUGCGGAGGUACCCUACUGCGACCUGCCCCGCCGCCCGCCUGCCUCUGCGGACCCGCACAGUGCUUCGACCUCUGGGUGCCAGUCUGUGGUGGGCCUGGGCCUUGGGCCAGGGUCCGAGAGGGGCCCAUCGGCAGGGCUCCCUGCAGAGGGCCCCACAGUCACCCCCGGGAGCAGGAGCCGGGACCCCGAGGCAGUGCCCCAUCUGGAGGGCCUGGCCUCCUCCCUGUGCGGCAGCUCCGACGAGGGUCCUGACUCUGACACCAGCUCCAGCCCUGACUCCAACACCCCUGAUGACACCAGCAACUCGUCCUCUGUGGACUGGGACAUCUUCAAAAGGCAGCAGGAGGCCCCCAGCUGGGACGAGUUCACCGUGAUGAUCCCUCGGAAGUUGCAGGAGGGGUCAAGAGCUGACAGUGCCCAACGGGCCUCGUCUGUCCUCAGCCGGUCACCUGUGGGAGGAGAGACUGGGAGCCAGAGAAAGGAGGAUACCGGUGGUGGGAGCCGAAGUGCCGGGCAGCACUGGGCCAAACUCCGGGGAGAAAGUGGGCACUUCUUGGAGAGACACCGGUCAGCGCUAUCCCAGGCUUCCUCUGCGACACCCCAGAGCGGACCGCGAAGUACAGCCCCCCGAGCUUCCUCGCUGCAUCGUGCUGCCCAAAGGGAUGCUGUCCAGACUGCUUCCUCACAGCCUGACACCCCCCAAGCUCCCUCCCCCUACCAGACGGCCCAACAGGACAGCUCCAGAACCUCGUCCACCCAACAGGACCCCUCCAGGACCUCUUCCACACAGCGGAACUCCCCCAGAGCAUCCUCUCCCUCAAGAGUCGCCCAACGGGACACCCUCAGAACCUUGUCCACACAGCGAAUCAAUCCUCGAGUUUCCUCUUCCCCCAGAGCCGCCCAACAGGACCCCUCCAGAACCUCUUCUACACAACAGGACAAACCUAGAGCCUCCUCUCCCAACCGAACCACCCAGCCAGAAAACUCCAGAACAUCCUGUGCCCAGCGGGACAACCCCAGAGCUCCCUCUCCUAACAGAACCACCCAGCGAGAAAACUCCAGAACAUCCUGUGCCCAGCAGGACAACCCUAGAACCUCCUCUCUCAACCGAACCAUCCAUCGAGAAAACUCCAGAACAUCCUGUGCCCAGCAGGACAACCCUAGAACCUCCUCUCUCAACCGAACCACCCAGCGAGAAAAUUCCAGAACAUCCUGUGCCCAGCGGGACAACCCCAGAACCUCCUCUCCCAAUCGAACCACCCAGCGGGAGAACUCCAGAGCUCCCUCUCCUAACAGAACCACCCAGCGAGAAAAUUCCAGAACAUCCUGUGCCCAGCGGGACAACCCUAGAACCUCCUCUCCCAAUCGAACCACCCAGCGAGAAAAUUCCAGAACAUCCUGUGCCCAGCGGGACAACCCUAGAACCUCCUCUCUCAACCGAACCAUCCAUCGAGAAAACUCCAGAACAUCCUGUGCCCAGCGGAACAACCCCAGAGGCUCCUCUCCCAACCGAACCGCCCAGAGGGAGAACUCCAGAGCUUCUUGUGUUCAGCAGAACACCCCCAGAACCUCCUCUACCCAACGGGACAACCCACAGUCUUCUUCCUUUCGGCGGGACAACCCCGGAAGCCCCUCCCCUCAGUGUUGCACCCCACAGAACAAUCCUGGACCAUCACCUUCCCAUCGCUCCAGUCAACGGAACAAUCCCAGGAAUUCUUCCCCCCAUCGUACUAACAAAGACAUUCCCUGGGCCUCCUUUCCCCUCCGGCCCACCCAGAGUGAUGGCCCUCGAACUUCUUCCCCAUCUCGCUCCAAGCAAAGUGAGGUUCCCUGGGCAUCCAUUGCCCUUCGGCCAACCCAAGGUGACAGGCCUCAGACCACAUCACCCUCUAGACCAGCUCAGCGCGACUCACCCCAGUCUUCCUCCAGCCCCGCCCAGCACGGUUCACCAACCCGGGCCACUUCCUCUUCCCACAACCCGGGCCACCACCGGACCUCCUCGCCACUGCGCCUCACCACCCGUGGGGCAUCCCAGACCUCCUUUGAGUCCUCCCAGCCUCCAUGUGCUGUGUGCAUCGGGCACCGGGAUGCCCCCCGAGCCUCUUCGCCUCCUCGAUUUUUGCAACAUGACCCAUUCCCCUUCUUCCCAGACCCCCAUGCUUCUGACGGCGAAUCAACCCACCACGAACCCCCUUACAUCCCCCCGGCAGUGUGCAUUGGACACCGGGAUGCCCCUCGGGCCUCCUCACCUCCUCGCCACACCCAGUUUGACCCCUUCCCCUUCCUCCCAGACACAUUAGAUGCUGAGAACCAGUCCCCCCAGCAUGACCCUCCUCAGUUCCCCCCACCUGUGUGCAUUGGGUACCGAGAUGCACCCCGGGCCUCCUCCCCACCGCGCCAGGCCCCCGAGCCCUCCCUCUUGUUCCAGGAUUUCCCCCGGGCCAGCACCGAGAGCCUCGUCCCCUCCACAGACUCUCUGCAUGAGCCCCCCCACUUCCCUACCCCUGUGUGCAUUGGACACCGAGAUGCACCCUCCUUCUCCUCCCCACCACGCCAGGCCCCCGAGCCCUCCCUCUUCUUUCAGGAUCCCCCUGGGACUAGUAUGGAGAGCCUGGCCCCCUCCACUGACUCUCUGCAUGGCUCCCCAGUGCUGCCCCCCCAGGUUUGCAUCGGGCACCGGGACGCACCACGAGCCUCCUCCCCACCCCGACACCCGCCCAGUGACUUAGCGCUCCUGGCACCCUCACCUCCGCCAGGCAGCUCAGGGGGCUCCCGGGGCUCAGCACCCCCUGGGGAGACCAGGCACAACUUGGAGAGGGAGGAGUACACCGUGCUGGCCGACCUGCCCCCACCCAGGAGGCUGGCGCAGAGGGAGCCAGGGCCCCAGUGCAGCAACGGGGGCCGAACCCGCAGCCCUGGCCGCGCAGAGGUGGAGCGCCUAUUCGGGCAAGAGCGCAGGAAGUCCGAGGCACCGGGGGCCUUCCAGGCCCGGGACGAGGGGCGGUCACAGCGGCCCGGCCAAGGUCAGAGCCAGCUUCUCCGAAGACAGUCCAGCCCUGCCCUCAGCAGGGAGGUAACCACACCCCACUCGAAGCAGGCAGAACCAGCCCAGAGGAGCCGAGCAGAGCCUCCUCCUCCCAGGAGCCCCCAGAGGCGACCUGAGGGGGACCGGCGGCUCCAGGGGUCCUCGCCGCCCCCAAGGACAUCAGCCAGGACCUCUGAGAGGCAGCCGCGAACAGAGAAACGUCUGGAGAGUGGCUGGUCGGGCCCGAGACAGCCUCUGAGUGGGUGGCAGAGUCCAGAGGAGCUGCCAGGAUCUCGGUGCCAGCACAGACACCCGGAGAGAGGCUGGAGCAGCCAGGAGGAGGGCCCAGGCCUGGGGGGCUGGCAGGAACUUGGGGAGCCCAGCCAGGGGGCUGCUGGAGGUCCGGAGAGAACAUGGAGGGGCCCACUCAGGGAGUCUGAAGAGAGCUGGGGGCAGCCGGGUGGCCCCCCGUGCCACAGGGGGCAGUCAGAGGCCUGGGAGGAGCCCCCCAGUAAUGGGCUGCAGAAGGACCCCGACAGGCCAGCUCGGAGGGGCUGGGGCAGCCUGCAGCAGCUGUUCAGUCCUCCUCACCAGCCUGUGAGCCUCCCAGAGAAUUCCGGGGAAGGCACAGCAGAGUUCUCGGCUUCCUGGAGGCCCGAGGCAGCCCCUGCUGUGGGCCGGGGAACCGAGCAAGUCUGCGCACACCUGCACGGCCCCGAGAGGCGACUCGAGCUUGACUGGAGGGGCUUGAUGAGCCUUCUUGGGUUACCCAGAGAGGGGGCCUGGGCCCACACAGAGGAGCCAAUGCUUGCUUCCCGUCUUCCAAGGCUGGAUUUGGAAGGCCUUCUUGAGCUCCUGCAGGCCCAGCUGCCCCAAAAGGACCCAGCUGGACACUGGGGUGGCCCAGCCACAGCUUCAGGGGCAGAGCUGGGUUCCCCAGGCACAAAGGAUGCCCUUGAACGAGAGAGACACAGCCAACCUGAAGGCACGGUGGGAGCCACCCUAGUCAAUGGACACAGCCCCGGGCAAUGGCCCCAGAGCUCAGCCCAGCCACCCAGCCCUGCCUGCAUCUCCACCCAGUGGCCAAAGACCAAAGUGACAAGUGGACCAGAGACCUCAACAAUGGCUGGUCUGGAGGAGCCGGGCCAUCUGGGGAGUAGGAUUCUUGCAGAGGGCCCCAGCUCAUCAGAGUGGGAGUUCCAACCAGAGGAGCCUGAGGAGUCAGCAUCAAGAGGAGGCCAAGACUCGCUGACCGACCAGAGACGGGCAGACUCGGCAGACAAGAGGCCAGCGGAGGGCGAGGCUGGGCGCCCACUCAAGGGCCGACUGGUGACCUCAUGGCGGAUGCCCGGGGACCGGCCCACGCUGUUCAAUCCGUUCCUGCUGUCCCUGGGGGUCCUCAGUUGGCGAAGGCCUGAUCUGCUCAACUUCAAGAAGGGAUGGAUGUCGAUCUUGGACGAGCCUGGAGAGUGGAAGAAGCAUUGGUUUGUGCUGACCGAUUCAAGCCUCAAGUACUACAGGGACUCCACCGCUGAGGAGGCCGAUGAGCUGGAUGGCGAGAUUGACCUGCGCUCCUGCACCGACGUCACCGAGUACGCAGUGCAGCGCAACUAUGGCUUCCAGAUUCAUACUAAGGAUGCUGUCUACACCUUGUCGGCCAUGACCUCGGGUAUCCGGAGGAACUGGAUCGAAGCUCUGAGGAAGACCGUGCGUCCCACCUCAGCCCCAGAUGUCACCAAGCUCUCAGACUGCAACAAGGAGAACACGCUGCACAGCUGCGGCCCCCAGAAGGGCCCCUCGAAGGCGGGGGAGCAGCGCGCGGGCUCCCAGGUCAUCAGCCGUGGCGGCCCUCGGAAGGCAGAUGGACAGCGGCCAUCCCUGGACUACGUGGAGCUCUCCCCGCUGACUCAGGGCUCCCCGCAGCGGGCCCGCACCCCGGCUCGCACUCUUGAGCGCCCCGCCAAGCAGGAGGAGCUGGAGCGGGACCUGGCCCAGCGCUCUGAGGAGCGACGCAGGUGGUUCGAGGCCGUGGACAGCAGGACUGCAGAGACAACGGCUGGCGAGGGGCCCCGCCGGGGCCUGGGGGCCCCCCUGACCGAGGACCAGCAGAGUCGGCUCAGUGAGGAGAUCGAGAAAAAGUGGCAGGAGCUGGAGAAGCUGCCCCUGCGGGAGAACAAGCGGGUGCCUCUCACCGCCCUGCUUAACCAGAGCCGCGGGGAGCGCCGGGGUCCCCCAAGUGACAGCCAUGAGGCACUGGAGAAGGAGGUCCAGUCUCUUCGUGCUCAGCUGGAGGCGUGGCGCCUCCAAGGGGAGGCUCCUGCGAGUGCACCCAGGCCUCAGGAGGAUGGCCACGUCCCCCCAGGCUACAUCUCACAGGAGGCGUGGGAGCGCAGCUUGGCAGAGAUGGAGUCCUCGCACCAGCAGGUGAUGGAGGAGCUGCAGCGGCACCAUGAGCGGGAGCUGCAGAGGCUGCAGCAGGAGAAGGAGUGGCUCCUGGCCGAGGAGACGGCCGCCACAGCCUCAGCCAUCGAAGCCAUGAAGAAGGCCUACCAGGAGGAGCUGAGCCGAGAGCUGAGCAAGACACGGAGUCUCCAGCAGGGCCCAGACGGCCUCCGGAAGCAGCAUCAGUCCGACAUGGAGGCGCUGAAGCGGGAGCUGCAGGUGCUGUCGGAGCAGUACUCGCAGAAGUGCCUGGAGAUCGGCACCCUGACCCGGCAGGCCGAGGAGCGCGAGCACACGCUGCGGUGCUGCCAGCAGGAGGGCCAGGAGCUGCUGCGCCACAACCAGGAGCUGCAUGCCCGCCUGUCCGAGGAGAUCGAUCGGCUGCGCGGCUUCAUCGCCUCACAGGGCACGGGCAGUGGCUGUGGACGCAGCGAGCGGAGCUCCUGUGAGCUGGAGGUCCUGCUGCGCGUGAAGGAGAAUGAACUUCAGUACCUGAAGAAGGAGGUGCAGUGCCUCCGGGACGAGCUCCAGAUGCUGCAGAAGGACAAGCGCUUCACCUCAGGAAAGUACCAGGACGUUUACGUGGAGCUGAACCACAUCAAGACGCGCUCGGAGCGGGAGAUCGAGCAGCUGAAGGAACAUCUGCGCCUUGCCAUGGCGGCCCUGCAGGAGAAGGAGGCCGUGCGCAACAGCGUGGCCGAGUAGAGGUCCUUGUGGUCCCACCAGCUGCAGACCCCCGGCCCAAGGGGACCAGGUGCCCUCCUUCCCUGCUGGAUGGAAGUCAGAAGCCAAGCUUUCUCCCCACCCUCUGUGGGCCACACGUGCACUCACAACUAUCACACACAGGCACACACCACACAUGCACACCCACCACCCAGGCACCGCACAAGCAUACACCACACGCACAGGCAUGCACUCCACGCACCGACAUGCACAUAGGCACCACACGGGCACACACCACACAGGCAUGCACUGCACACAGGCGUGCACACAGGCACACAGGCACACACACAGGCACAGCAAGGCACACACCACAUGCACAGCCACACCGGCAUGCACACACCACACACACAGAUGCACGCACACACUCUGCGUAUCUGAGCGUGCCCCUCGCACUGGGUCUUACCUUGCACCUUCUUCAGGAUUUUAUAUGUGAAGAGAUUUUUAUAUAUAGACUUUUUUCUUUUUUUUCCCCCCAAAACACUUUGUACUUAAAAAAAAACAAUUCCUGGUGGCCGUGUGCCUCCCACACUGGCUCUCCUCUGUCCGCAGCCUCUUGCUGGGGCUCUGGGCCUGUGGCCCCAUCCUGGGGCCUGGCUGUGGCAAUGGCCAGGUUUGACUCUGGUGGGACAGGCAAGAAGCCAGCCACCCUCCUCCUACCCUACCUCCCACUAAUUACUCCCUGCCUGGGGGGGGGCCCCACACUCUGGGGCGAUGGACAGAUGGACAGAGGGAGCCGGCCUCUGUCUCCACGGCCCCACCUCCCCCCCCCCCCCCCGCAGGGUGCUGGGCAUGGAGCUGCUCCGUGAAGGCGUCUCUUUCCUGCCCAUCAGCCCUCUUAACUUAAUAAAAUGUUCCUGCA